AUGCCUGCGAUGCUCCUGCAGUUAUUGCAGUUGGUGCAUGAGCUGAUGAGGACUAUGAAUUCCCUGCCGAUUCGAUGCUCGUCUUCUCCCUACAUCCUCGCCAAAUGCCAGGACCCUCCCGCCGAGAUUGAAGUCGCCCAAGCCCGGCACGCCACCAUCACCGCCGCCGCCGCCGUCCGAGCCCGCCGUCUGUUUCCCGCCGACUGGCUUCGUUUUUUGCAGGCCGAGAUCGCGGCCAGAGCGGCCCUCUUGGCCCUUCACCGAGGCUUCGGCGAAUUCCGGGGUUAG